AUGCGCAAAUACUUCAAGUCUACGAGAAGGGACAAUCCGAAGGUCUCAGCUCUUAGCAAUCCUGCGGUCUCUGGUAAUCCUGCUCAAGAACGCGAAGGUCGCACCGGCGUCGUGCCAGCUGCUUCAACCGUAUACGGAACUGAAAUCAGUACAGAUACCAAAACUGAUGCCGGGAAGCUCUCUGAGAACCGCGAAACCCCGGACUGGACAUCUAGAGGCGUUCCCUGCGUUGAAGGAAGCUACGACUUUAUAAACUUUGGGCCAGACUCGCAUUACGGACUGCUCGACCCCUCGUACUAUGUCUUUUCCAUACUUCCUAGCAACGCUGCAGGUGCUAACUUAGAUAACUACUUCGCGGUUGUAAGACAGAUGAGUGAUUCCUGUUACGCCGUCCCAAUAUUCACCUACAACAAGGGCACGAACCAGCCCGGUGUUAGUUCUAAAGAACACGCAAUUAUAUUUAGUGGUUACCAUCAUUACUAUCAACCACAGUUGUUACUUGAUGAAGUUCCUUUGAGCAAGGAGCCAAUAUGCAUGGUGAUGGCGGAAGGUCAAGAAGCUCUUCCCGUUACGAGUCGCAUCUGCUUUGGUACCCUGAAAUCAGUUCAGUACAAUAUCAAGGUUAAGGACAUUGGCUAUGUUCAUGCGACUUCUCUUUCAGAGUUCUCGGGCUACUGGGAUAUGGAACAUGCUCGUGUGCCAGAUAUGAUCCCACACUAUAAGUUCUGCUCCCUCAGCACGAACAAGUAA